UCUUAAAGGCGCAGGCACCGGCCUGCGCGCGCGUGUCCAAACGGUGCCCGCGGCGCGGGAGCGCUGAGGGCAGCGGGGCGGCUGGUGCGGGCCGGGACGAGACACAGGCGUCGGGGCAGACCCUUGUAUCAUCCGGGUGGUCCGGGUCGCUUCUAACUCCGAGUCCCGGUUCCGCGUUCUGUAGAAUGGGGGCGUCCGACUCUGGAGCAGCCUCUUCGAGGAGGAAGUGACGACGCGACAGCGCCGGGUCCCACCGUGCGGAAAGUCCCCGACCGGCCUCUGGGUGACGCCCCUGGACGUGGUCAAGGUCCGCCUGCAGGCCCAGCGCCCCUCGGGGGCCGGCGAGCUGCCUCCUCCCGCGCGACUCUGGAGCGUCUCCUACACCAAAUGGAAGUGCCUGCUGUACUGCAACGGCGUCCUGGAGCCGCUCUACCUGUGCCCCAACGGUGCGCGCUGCGCUCCCUGGUUCCAGGAUCCUACCCGCUUCAAUGGCACCAUGGAUGCCUUUGUGAAGAUUGUGAGGCAUGAGGGGCCCCGGGCCCUGUGGAGCGGCCUCCCGGCCACCCUGGUGAUGACCGUGCCGGCCACUGCCAUCUACUUCACAGCCUACGACCAGCUCAAGGCCUUCCUACACCGGCGAGCUCUGGCCUCCGACCUCUGCGCGCCCAUAGUGGCUGGAGCGCUGGCCCGCUUGGGCACCGUGACCGUGGUCAGCCCCCUCGAGCUCCUGCGGACCAAGCUGCAGGCCCAGCACGUGUCCUACAGAGAGCUCAGUGCCUGUGUCCGUGCUGCUGUGGCGCAGGGUGGCUGGCGCUCACUGUGGCUGGGCUGGGGCCCCACUGCCCUCCGAGAUGUGCCCUUCUCAGCACUGUACUGGUUCAACUACGAGCUGCUGAGGAGCUGGCUGUGCGAUCCCCGCACCCGGGACCAGACAUCUGUGGGAGCCAGCUUCGUGGCCGGUGGCAUCUCAGGGACUGUGGCUGCCGCCCUCACCCUGCCCUUUGACGUGGUGAAGACACAGCGGCAGGUGUCGCUGGGGGCCUUGGAGGCUGUGAGAGUGAGGCCGCCGCAUGCUGACUCCACCUGGCUGCUGUUGCGGAGGAUCCGGGCCGAGUCAGGCACCAGGGGCCUGUUUGCAGGCUUCCUCCCAAGGGUCAUCAAGGCCGCGCCCUCCUGCGCCAUCAUGAUCAGCACCUAUGAAUUCGGCAAACGCUUCUUCCAGAGGCUCAACCGGGAGCAGCCGCUGGGCCACUGAAGCCCUCCUCAAGCGCUGGGCCAGUGCCUUCCCUGCCCCCGUGGGGCACCCCGUCCCUGUCCCUUGACCCAGGCCUUCCUGCCACCUGCACCCCCCCAAGCUCAAGACCAAAUCUUUCUCGCACCCCCAGCCUUGGUGUUCGCUGCCCCAACACCUGCAUCCCACUUGUUCAGUCCCUGUUUAAAGAUUGUGACAAACUUCCGCA